AUGGAAUACUUCGGUCAAGUCACUGCAAAAGCAAGCGAAACAUAUGAAUACAGUACCCGAGAACUCGGUAAAGUGGCAAAUGGAGUUUCUGAAGAAAUCCAAAAAGUAGCUGCAAAAAAUAACAUCAGUUCUCCGUUACCUUCUGAUUUCGUAAGUGAGGUCAAUAAAGCUGCUAAUAUUUUGUCUUCCUUUACUGAUCCAGAUAAAGCUGAAGGUGGUUUAGAAAAUGUAAUUCCAAAAGAUGUUAUUGUUAAAGCAAAAGGUUUGGCUAUUUUCACUGUGUUGAAAGCUGGACUUUUUUGGUCCGGCCGUGCCGGAUCUGGUAUAGUAAUUGCAAGAACUGAAAAAGGAACCUGGUCUCCACCAUCUUGUAUAAAUGUUGCAGGCGUUGGAUUCGGUGCACAAGUUGGUGCCGAUUUUACUAAUUUUGUAAUUGUUCUCAAUACUGAUGAAGCCGUUAAAACUUUUUGUCGUGGUGAAAAUGUUACAUUAGGAGGAAAUUUAUCUGUAACUGCUGGGCCUAUUGGCAUGGGCACAGAAGUUUCAAGUAGUAUUUAUGAACCGUCCGCAUUAUAUUCAUAUAGCAACUCCAAAGGUUUUUUUGCUGGUGUAUCUGUUGAAGGCACGAUAAUCAUGGAGCGUAAAGAUGCUAACAAACAAUUCUACGGUAAAGACAUUUGUGCCGAAGAAAUUUUAAGUGGAAAAAGUGAAUUGACACCUUUAUCAACCAACAAUGUAUUAUACGAAAACCUUAAACGCAUUGAAA